ACGCCGUAGUGAUUACAUACUCUUUGCUGUACGCACUUCGCAGUUCGCACCAACUUCGCACAGGUGCACAGUUUUUCGUGAGGAGUGAGAGUAAAUGUUGUUUACUCAAAAAUUAAAUUUCAAAUGAUGUGAUUAAAAAAUUACGAUUUAUAACAAGCUGGUCUUAUGUUUUUUAAUUAAUUAAUAUUUAGUUAAAUUAUUAAAAGGUUCGAUAUUUAUUUGUGCAAUUUUUUUUAUUAGAUAAAAUUAAAAUUUAUCCUUAUAGCUAUGGCUUCCUCAUUAUUAAGUUAUGAGACUCUAGUUCAUGCAUUGGCCGGUGCUAUGGGAAGUGUUGUUGGAAUGACAGCAUUUUAUCCUUUGGACACAUUACGGUCAAGGAUACAAGUUGAAGACUCUAUGAAACUUUGUGGAACACCAAUAGAAAUACUUAUUAAACUUGCGAAUGAAGAAGGCAUUGAAUCUUUAUAUCGUGGCUUAUGCCCUGUUCUACAGUCUCUCUCAGUUUCAAACUUUGUUUACUUUUAUACAUUUCAUGCAUUACGAAGAGCUUCCGCAACGAGCAAUUCAGCCUUGAGAGAUCUAAUGUUUGGUAUGCUAGCUGGUAGUGUUAAUGUACUAGUGACAUCACCUCUGUGGGUAGUUAACACUAGAAUGAAGAUGGAGAAAAAUUCAUAUUCAAACUUAUUUGAAGGGCUCUUUGAUGUGUUCAAUAAAGAGGGUGUGAAAGGAUUAUGGUCUGGCACUGUGCCAUCAUUAUUGUUAGUUUCAAAUCCUGCUAUUCAGUUUAUGGUAUAUGAAGCAUUGAAGAGAAAAUUGACAUCUAGAGGACAGUUUGACACUUACACUGCAUUUUUUGUUGGAGCUAUAGCAAAAGCAAUUGCAACAACUGUAACAUACCCUUUACAGCUGGUUCAAUCCAGACUAAGAGCUGGCACAAGCUUGAGACCCUUAGUAGCGUCUAUAAAAUCAAAACCUUUAAUGAUGUUCCGUGGUUUGGAAGCCAAGUUGCUACAGACUGUUCUGACUGCAGCAUUAAUGUUUUUAAUUUAUGAAAAAGUAGUCCGUAUGGUUUUGACUAUAAUGCGCAUAAAGUUAAAACAUUGAAUGACAAGAUUUACACCCGUAUUAACAAACAUUACUAUAAGGUCUCAUAGAGCGCUAAGACGCGCAGUGUAGGUUCCACCAAUCAGAUUACUGUAUCGUGUCAAUUUACAAUGAUCUGAUUGGUGGAACCUACACUAUGCGUUCAAUUGCACUGUGAGACCUCAUAGUAAUGAUUGUGAAUACGGCCACUAGUAUUUAGCUUUGGAUUUUGCAUUUAAAAAAUUAACUGGUGAUAGAUAAUUUUAAUUUAUUAUGUCUAAAUAAGCUAUGCUGAUUAUGAAACGGUUAUAAAGAUGAUUGAUCAAAAAUGAAUAGAAUGUAGAUAUGAGCUCAUAUCUUUUUUUUUUUAAUUAUCGCCUUUAUGUUAUACUGUGAUAAAAGCCAAAUACAUGACCAAACUAGCAACUUAAUGUUAAUUAUUAUUUAUUUGAAUAAAUUAAAUUGUAUUGGGGUGCAGGUGGUGUAAACUGUAAACAAAUGGUGAUGGAGAAAGGGUUCAAGGUUAAUAAUCUGCAAUUUGAAAUGACAAUUAUUUUAUUCUUAUUUAAGGAAAGAAAUAAACAAUUACAAUUUUGAUUUA